CUAAAGGAACGGGUGCUUUGUCCAAUCAUCGAUGAGUUCACAUAAACCAUUCGUCACAUAAUCACGUGCGUCCACAACGCCGGCACGCCUGUCUUCCGAGGCAACAUGGAUGCAGCAGGAGUUGACGCUGUCUUCGUGAGUGACGAUAGAGAAGCGAAUACCGCAGUUAAAAUACCAGAAAGGGUGUUACGGAGGGAUCAGGCGAGACUGGAAGAGGUAGAGCGCCGGAGAAACGUAAAGGAGAGCCAGACCGUGACGGAGGAAAAUAGCGACAUCUUCAUGUCCACCUUUAAUGCUGAGAAAGCAGCAUUGGAUGAGAUGGUCUCCAGCUGUGACCAUGGUGACCGUGACAAAGCUUUAAAAACACUGGAGGAGGCCACUGUCAAAAUUCAACAGCUCCAGAAAUUCCUGAAUGACAGCAUUAUGUUUCUGACACAGUAUAAAUUAAGGCAAGCUCAAGCAUCCAUGCAGGAACUCCAGAGCUCUCUGGCUGAGAGAAGAGAGGCGUUUUUGCCUAAAAAGAAAUUUGCCUUUAGAUCCAAGAACACUAGCAAACAGCCUGCAAUGAAUCGAGAACCAACAAAAAAGUCUGUGUCUGAUGUGGGUGGUACUGUAGUGGUUGAUGCUUCUAUUCCUGUUGAUCAGUGUGGAUUCUCUAAUGUUGACAAUCAAGUCUUGAUCAAGCAAGCUGAGGAGAUCCAGCAACAGGAUGUGCUGUUAUCUCACCUGACGAACUGUAAAGUGAGACUCUAUGGGUGUCCGAGCACCUUGCAUAUCAAGAAUGUCCGUAACUGUGAGAUCCUCUGCGGGCCAGUGUCCAGCUCUGUUUUUGUUGACCAGUGCUCUGACAGCAUUUUAGUUUUCCCCUGUCAGCAGCUGCGCACCCAUAACACCACUGCCACUCAGAUAUACCUCCAUGUGACCAGCCGAGCAAUUGUGGAGGACUGUCAUGGGGUCAGGUUUGCCCCAUUCACAUGGACCUAUCCUGGGAUUCAUGAUCAUUUCAAAGUAUCUGGACUUGAUCCGGACAGGAACAACUGGACGCUGGUGGAUGAUUUCAAUUGGCUUGCUGCUGGCACACCCUCACCCAAUUGGACCGUCAUUCCUGAGACUGAGAGAAUGUCUAAUUGGGAUUCUGUAGGACCAGCCUCCCAAGAGUCAUGAUCCUGAUGCAAAAUAAAGUGCUGUUCUGUCUGGAAACAAAUAAUACUAAAAACAAAGUUACAUUAAUAUAGUGAUGCCAUAAACAUUAAAUGUUCAAGAAUUUCUCAUUUUCAGAGUCCCUAAACUAAUUGAAUGCUUUUUAAGAAGAUAAAGAAACAUAUUGAAAUGAUCUUAUAUCAAGCUUGUAUUUAAUUGUGGUUCACUCACCAAGUAUAUGGAUAUAUUACAAAAAAAAAAAAUUCAUUGUUAAAUGCUCAAAUUCUGAAUGUUAUUCACGGGUUACAGGAAGAGAUGAUUUCAAAUUAAUCUGAAUAAAGUUUUGUUUGGUAAAUUUGAGUGAUUUUAUCCCAAAAUGUAUUUCCCUUUAAGGUGCAGUAGCAGGUCAGGGUUAGAAAAAAAAUUUAUUCUUAAUUUUCUUUUAUAGGCCCAUUAAUACAUAUUGUGAUGUAAAAUAUGAGUUGAUGUUGAUUGACUGAUUUGGGGAAACAGAUAAUAUCUGUAUCAAUACAAUAAUUGUUUCAAAGAAAUAUUCUGGGUUCGAUACAAGUUAGGCUCAAUUGACAGCAUUUGUAGUAUAAUAUUGAUUACCACAAAAAUUAUUUUCACUUCCCCCUUUUCUUUAGAAAAAAAAAAAAAAAAAGAGCAAAAAUCUGGGUUCCAGUGAGGCACUUACAAUGGAAGUGAAUGGGGCCAAUCCGUAAACAUUAAAACAGUCACUGUUUCAAAAGUAUAGCCACAAGACGUACAAUAUGCAAGUUAACAUGAUUUUAGUGGGAUAAAAUUGCUUGCUAACCUUUUCUGUGUAAUGUUAUAGCCAAUUUUACAACUUGCCAUGAUGAUGUAAUGUCAACAAACCCUAAAACAACUGUACAAAUAACAAUUUAAACAACUUUGCAUCUCAAAUAAAACAUGAGUUUUAACAAAAUAAUGUAAAUAAAGUAAAUAAAAUUAUAAGCUUCAUAUUUCUGCCUUUAAACCAUCCAAAAUUGGCCCCAUUCACUUCCAUUGUAAGUGCCUCACUGUAACCUUGAUUUUUGCUUUUUUUAAAGAAAAGUACGGAUGAGUCAAAAAUAAUUUUUUUGUGGUUAUCAACACUGUGCCACAAAUGCUGUUGAUUUGAGAUUAAUUUGUAUUGAACCCCAGAAUAUUCCUUUAAUGUAUGUUUUUUUAUGUUUUUUUUUUUUUUUAUUAACAAUUUGUAUUGAUUCCAUGCAGCAAAUAAAAUAGACACAACAGAAAAUGCAGAAUCAAACC